AUGGCUCUCCAAAUGAAGGAAGGAGUGAGGAAACUGAGAGUGAAGAGGAAGGAGAAGAGAUCUUGGAUCUUUGAGGAUGUGGAGUUGGUGCUCAAGAACAUGCAAUUGGGGAAGUUCUUCUCUCACCGCAUGGAGUCUUACAAGGAGUUGACUUGUGAGUUUUUGGCGUCGAUGAAGCAUCACGAGUUUGAUGAGCUCGAUCGAGCUGAGUUGGACCAAGGCUGGGGGUACAUAACUUUCUAG